UUCCCAUCCGCAAUCCAACGGCUGCAUCAGGACCAGCAAAUGGCACACGAAUCACGAUGCGGCAGACCAUCAACGAAAGAAACCCUAAACCCCCCUCCGUCUCAGCUCGGAAGGAUAUAAGAGAGAGCGAUCCAUUGGAAUCCGCAGCGGCGCCGCUCUCGAACUCCUCCACUCCGAGAUAAGAACGGAGGCGUCCCACGGCCCUCUUCGCCUUCGCUUAGGGUUAGGGCUGGGUUUAGGGUUCUCUUCCGUGAUCUCUCUCUCGUCGGACGAUCAAAAGGGAGAGCUAUUUUUGGUUGAGGGAUGGCGUAUGCUGCGAUGAAACCCGCGAAGGCUGGGCUGGAAGAACCCCAGGAGCAGCUCCACCGUAUCCGAAUCACCCUCUCCUCCAAAAACGUCAAGAAUCUCGAGAAGGUUUGUGCGGAUCUGGUGAGGGGAGCGAAAGACAAGAGUUUGAGGGUCAAGGGACCGGUGAGGAUGCCCACCAAGGUUCUCCACAUCACCACCAGGAAGUCCCCCUGUGGUGAAGGAACCAAUACCUGGGAUCGAUUUGAGCUGCGAGUACACAAAAGGGUGAUUGAUCUUAUCAGUUCUCCUGAAGUUGUUAAGCAGAUAACCUCAAUCACCAUUGAACCCGGAGUGGAGGUUGAAGUGACGAUCGCAGACCAAUGAUUUUUUUAUUUAUGCAGAUUAUUUCUGAGUUCUUUUCUGAGGCUUCUCCAACAAUCAUUUAUCAUAUUAUAAUACGUCGAGGAAUCAUUUUACCGUUUUAGUCUCGUAUUUCUAGUAUGUGACUGUGAACUCUCUGUUGCUUAGAGGAUUUUUGAAAUUUUGCCUAUAUACACCUACCAUUUUGAUGAA